AUGGGAAACUUUAGCCAUCUUCAUGUGUUGGAUUUGAGGAAAAAUAAACUCAGUGGCACAAUUCCAGGAAGCUUUGCAAAAGGCAGUCUAUUGAGGACCCUCAACUUGAAUGAGAAUGAAUUGGAAGGGCCAAUCCCACGAUCUUUGGUCAAUUGUACGAUGCUUGAAGUUCUAGAUAUUGGCAACAACAAGGUAAUUGAUACCUUCCCAUAUUGGCUACAAAGUCUCCCUGAAUUGCAAGUUCUUGUACUUCAUUCAAAUAGAUUUUAUGGUUCUGUACGAGGUUGCUCAGAAAUGAAUCAUUGUUUUCCAAAGUUGAAAGUACUUGACCUCUCAAAGAACAAAUUUGGUGGUCCAUUGCCAGCCUCGUAUUUCAAAAAUCUUCAAGCCAUGAAGGAUGUUGGUGAAGUUGGGACGAAGUUACAAUAUAUUGGUGAAAAGAUUCCAGAAGUAAUUGGAGAGCUUCAUUCACUUAUACACCUGAAUCUUUCUUCGAACAAUUUAACCGGUUACAUCCCAUCAUCACUUGGAAAUUUGAAAGCUCUAGAGUCUUUAGACCUCUCUUUCAACAAGCUUGGUGGAAAAAUUCCAUGGCAGUUGGCAAAUUUAGACUUUCUUCAAGUGCUAGACUUGUCUCAGAACCAACUCACAGGGCCCAUUCCACGGGCACCGCAUUUCGAUACAUUCCCAAGUACGUCAUACACCGGAAACUUGGGAUUGUGUGGAUUCCCUUUGUCAAAAGAAUGCAAAAGUGAUGGACCACCACAACCGCAGUCAGAAAUAGAAGAUAAUGCAGAGUCUACAAAUGGAUUCGGUUGGAAAGUGGUGUUGAUAGGCUAUGCAUUUGGAAUGGUGAUUGGACUGUUCAUGGGAUAUCUUGUAUUUUCAACAGGAAAGCCUCAGUUGCUUGUAAGGAUAGUUGAAGGAGAAGACCGUAGAAAGAGGAGGAGGAUGAGUGCGAGACGUUGA